AUGCAGAAAAAAAGUACGUAAUCAUAGAGUGGAACAACUAUUUCAUGAGUAAAGCGUCAUCAGAGUUGUGGUUUUUCAUUUAGCACUCCCAGAAAAAUUAUAUUGUUUUUGUGAAAUUGAAAUACGGCCGAAAAUGGUAUUACAAUAAUUGCGGAAUAAUUUUACUUGGUGCUGUUCUUCUUUUUAAUUUUGUUUUAAUUUUUACAGCUAUACCGCUCAGGUUGCAAGGACCAUUAAGUGCAAUAGGCACUGGUCGCUUGGAAGUAUUCUACAAUGCCAUAUGGGGAACAAUCUGUGAUGAUUCUUGGGAUUUUAAUGAUGCGAAAGUUGCAUGUCGGCAACUUGGUUAUACAUAUGCUCUUAGAGCUCUUGAUGGCGGUGAUGUUCCUGAUGGUAUUGGACAGAUCUGGUUAGAUGAUGUCAAUUGUACUGGGGUUGAACAAAACAAACAUAGAUAUUUUCCGUUCUAGGUCGAAAAUUAAACAUGCCCACGGCAAAGUUUUAGAUUUUAAUGUGCUUUAUCGUAAUCUUUUGGUUUUAAAUUUAAAAAGUUAAAAUUGAAUGUCACGGAAGCCCGAGAAGACGGCAAUAUUUUCUAGUUCGCCUUGGUGUAAAUUUCGCGUUUCUUGCAUUAUGAUUGGCUGAGAGCGAAAAUGUAAACAAAUGCGCUGAUUGGUCGAGCACCAAAUCUGGCCUUGUUACCUGUUUAAACAAAGUAUAACUACGAACUAAUGCUUUCGCUUUCUGAAAGUGACUAUAUGAUUUUAUUAUUUGAGUAAAUGGCGCCUAAUCUUCGGUUUUGUCCGGCAGGUUGUCGUAAACUACAAGAUUCCAUGGUCUAUACUCCAUUGUGCUUGAGUAUCACGCUUGUAUAUAAUGCUUGUAAUUUUUCUUGGGAAGAAAUAGUUUUUUGAAAUAAGCAAAAUAAUCUGAAAAGUAAGAAUAUUAUUCUAGCCCACGUGCAGCUAGUGCUUAAUAUGUAAAACUGAAGUUUAAUACCUUAUUCGUACACUUAGUUUCGCGCGUACCUAAUUCCGCGAUUUUUUCGAGGCAAUGUAUUUCGCAAAACUUUAUUUUCGCUAUUUUGAUGGGGGAAAAUAGAAAAGGACAUUAAAUUUCAGGAGAGCUUUCUGAAUAAUAUUUUAAUUUCUAUAAAAGUUUGAACUACAAUUUAACUUUUAAAACAAGUCAACCUAAGGAAUAUAUACUGUCUCGGGUCGUCCACAAUGUUUUUACUCAUUUUUAUUGCCGGCCAGUAACAAUUAAGACAAAAUGCAAACUGUAGGUUAAUACUAAGACCAUUAUUAAAUAAUUUGUCAUUUAAUUUGAUAUAUGCAUGAGCUGCAUGUUGUUGAUCAGGUUCAUCAAGAAUUAGUUGAUGAUUCAAACUUUUGACCAGGGUGUUUAAAGAUAUAAUCUUGCCAGGGGACUUUAACUGCAAUCUAUUAUCUACCGAAACGAAUAUAACAACUAAGAAACUUAAAGUCUUAAUGCACAAUUAUCAACUAAAAUAACAUAUAACUGCACCAACGAGAAUAACUAGCAAUAUCCAAUCCCUGAUCGAUAUUAUUAUCACGAAAUGGACGAUACUAAAAGCAUUAACUCAGGGGUCAUACAUUUACUUAGGGACUAGCGACCACAGUCUUGUUUAUAUUGUACAGUAGGCUAUGCCGUAAAAUUGCCAAUCAGAAAGAAAUUCCUAAAUUAAUAGAAACUAGACAAUUUAAACAUUUCAACGCUUUACGAUUUCAGAAUGAUUUAAGUGAAGCAUUCAGCUCUUUCUCGACUUUCAAUAAUGAUCCAAACAAGGCGUUAAACUUGGAAAUAAAUCUUUUUAGAAAUCGCAAAUAAACAUGCCCCACUUAGACAAAGAAGGGUUAAAAGUGAAUAUUGCCGAUGGAUGACUAAUGAGAUUAAUUUCAGAAACAGAGUUAUCAGAGGGCCUCUUAUACCUCUUCACAAAAUGCUUUCACGUAAAAAUAUUUUGCCUUUUCACGAGUCACGAAAAAUUGAAAAAAUUCCUUCACAUUCACGGAAAAAUCGAAGCGAUCACGAUUCACGUAAAAAUAAAACAAAGUUCACGAAUUAUUAUAGGAUGUCUUCCUUAAUUGUAGAAUCAUUGUACUCGUCUGUACUUACCUCGACAUGCUUUCAAACCUCCAACUAUGUCGAAAACAGGCUUCUGUACAUCAAGUACUUCAAAAAACAGCAACAAACCGUAUUUAUUCUUUGGAAGGCUGAUCACACAAAAGGUCACAAAACAGAAGAUUCACGAAUCACAAAUAUUUCUGUCUGCCAUUCACGGGUCACGGUUAAAUCGAAUCUUUCCUUCACGUGCACGUGAAAGAUUGGAAGUCAUACCAUCACGAAUCACGGAUUAAGAAAAUCAUCGAUCACGUUUCACGGCUAAGUAAAAUAAGCCCAUCACGCUUCACGCAAAAAGUAUAAAGGGCCCUCUUAUCACAGAGAUUACUUAAAAAAGAAAGCGGUUAGUCUGAAUUCACCUUACUAUUUCCAGGCCUAUAUAAACAAUGCAAAAAUCAAUUAAUUAACAAAUGCAUCAAGGAAACAAAGAGACUUUAUUAUAACUCUGAACUAGCCAAUAGUAUAAACAGUAAAGAGAGUUGCCAAACAAUUAAUGAAUUAUUUAAUCGGAAAACUAAAACAACAACGAUCAAUGAUCAACGAGAUUAAUAUGAAUGGCAAAACAAUAGUAGGCGAUGAAGAAUUUGCAAAGGAAUUCAAUAAAUAUUUCUCUGAAGUAGGCAAAAAACUAGCAGAAGAAAUUCCUGAUAACGAUAUUGACCCUUUACAUUAUGUCACUCAGCUCCAGUGUCCAAUUCAUUUACUUUCAAAACAAUAUCAGAAGAGGAUGUAAACCGCAUUAUUUCCAGUAUGAAAACCUGCAAAUCUGCAGGAAUUGAUAAAAUCUCGGUCAAACUCAUACAAACAGCAGGGAAAACUAUUCAACUUGUCUUUAAAUACUGCCAGAUGGUUGGAAAAUUGCUUGUGUUACGCCAAUCUAUAAAUCCGACAAGAAGACAGACUUUGCAGGUAAUUAUAAACCAGUUUCCAUUAUAUCGAAUGUAAGUCAAGUCUUCAAAAAAAGUUAUUUAUAGCCAAUUUUAAAAUUACCUUUCUGAAUGAAAACAAAGUUAUCGCUGAAAAUCAAUCCGGUUUUCGUCCAAAUCAUUCAAGAGAGACUACUCUCUUACAUUGAAAAAUCAAUUAUUUGGACAAUAUGGAUAAAGCACUGAUUAACGGAGUAGUUAUUUAUAGAUCUUAAAAAGGCAUUCGAUACGGUUGAUCAUGCUCUACUCCUGGCAAAACUUGAACGAUGUGGAGUAAGAGAAACGGUCAGUAUAAUCUGCAGACUGCGGACUGCAGACUGCAGACCGGACUGGGUACAAAAUGCAGACUGGGGGUAUAAAAUGCAGACUGAGGAUAAAAUGCAGACUGGGGGUGAAUUAGGGAUAUUUUACAAAUUCCCGCCAAGCCAUAGUCACGUGAUCGUUCUUGUUGAUACUAUUAAUGUUGAAGCUAGUCACUUUCAUCAAAAUGGGCCACAGCGAUGUAGAGGUAUUGAUAUUAUAUGAAUAUUUAUAUUAUUCUCAUCCAACCGUAAAACUUGAUAACUUUAAAGUGCCUAUGACACGAAAUUUCACCCCAAAUGUUUAUGGUUGCAUUGUAAAGAUUACUUAAAAUGACUUAAUAAUUUCUUUUAUAGAAUUUUGGUAACUUGCUCCCUUUUCAAGAUAUUCAACUUUGUUUCAUAUGCAAAUAUCACCGGUGUGACAUCACAUCGCUUAAUGAGUUUUCAGAAAAGUAUAGUUUUCUUGACGAAUACGGAUCUAAAAAACUUAAAAAUUGCUCUUGUAUAUGUAUUAAUUUCAUAACUGGUAAUUAACCCUCUGUAUUUGUUUGUAAAAAUAUUUUAUCAAGGUAAAAUAUUGCGUUUUCAAAAUGUCAUUAUGCGAUGUGAUGUCACACCGGUGAUAUUUGCAUAUGAAACAAAGUUGAAUAUCUUGCAAAGGAAGCAAGUUACCAAAAUUCUAUAAAAGAAAUUAUUAAGUCAUUUUAAGUGAUCUUUACAAUGCAAUCAUAAACAUAUGGGGUGAAAUUUCGUGUCAUAGGCACUUUAACACAUUUCUUUGCGUUUAAUAUUUGAACGUUUGGUUACUUUGCAUUACAUCGGAACAAUGAAAUCUGGACGUUUUGAGUGUGAAAUUUUAAUUGUAUAUAGUCACUAUAUAUCGUGUCGACUGUCGACAAGCACUCUACUCAUAUAUGUUUCAAAACUCGGCAAACGCAAGCUUGCUAUUGGUCUAUAUAUGUAUAUGAACUUGAAUUACAGGAGCGAAACGCUUGAAAAUAUGAAAAAUUGCUAAUACAAAACCAUGUGCUUGACAGUCGACACGUACGAUAUAUAUACCAUUACAAUUUCACACUCAAUAUUCACCUGAGUACACUACACCAACACAGAAAAAAUUCAUAUUACUAGAAUGCAUUGGUAUCGAAGGAACUAGAUUCUGUUCCGAAAUAUCACUUACUCGAACCGUCCUGACCGCGUAGCUCAGUUGGAAGAACAUUGGGCUAGUAUUCCAAAGGUCGUAGGUUCGAAUCCCACCGUGGCCGGGCAUAUUUUUCAAGCUCGCCCGGUGUGGAUAUACACUCAGAGUAACACCACAAACCAAACGUUCAAAUAUUAAACGUAAAGGAAUGUGUUAAAGUUAUCAAGUUUUACGGUUGAAUGAGAAUAAUAUAAAUAUUCAUAUAAUAUCAAUACCUCUACAACAGUGGCGUAACGUUAAAGCAAGGGGGCCCCUGUUCAAAAUUUUCGAAGGCCCCCUGGUAGAAGUGCCAAAGGCACAAGUCAAGCGCCGUAUAUGCACAAGUUUUCUAGGGGUCCAGGGCUCACCCGGAAAAUUUUUGAAUCUAGACUCUCUGAAAUGCCAUUUCCUGGACUUUGGGGAGAGAUUUUACAGAAUUCUGAUGGUCAGAAACCGACAUUGUAACAUACCAGAGGCCCUGGCCAAUGUUUUUGCUUUAUCGCCUAAGCCAGGGGGCCCCCAUUGGGGUUGGGGCCCCCGGGUUUUCCCGGUCUGAGCCCAUAGUAGUUACGCCACUGCUCUACAAUAAUCUACAUCGCUGUACAUGUCUUCGUCCAUUUCGACUAUGGCUUGGCGGGAAUUUGUAAAAUAUCCCUAAUUCACCCCCAGUCUGCAUUUUAUCCUCAGUCUGCAUUUUAUACCCCCAGUCUGCAUUUUGUACCCAGUCCGGUCUGCAGUCUGCAGUCCGCAGUCUGCAGAUUAUACUGACCGGUAAGAGAAACACCUCUCAAAUGGUUUAAAUCUUACUUACAUCAGAGAAAACAUGAAAGUUUGCAAAAUAAACAAUGUCGUGUCAGGUGCAGUUGAAAUUUAUUGUGGCGUCCCACAGGGCUCAAACGUUGGUUCUUUACUAUUUAACUUAUACGUUAAUGACCUUUCUAACUGUCUACAGACGGCAAGGCUGCCAUGUUUGCGGAUGACACCAACCUUUCUUGUAAGGGGCAAUCGUCUGCAGGCAUUGAGUACAAAUUAAACUGCGACUUACACAGUAUUCACAAAUGGCUAAUAAUUAAUAAUUAGUUAACGUUAUACCGUAAGAAAACUGACUUUAUGCUUAUUGGAUCACAACAAUCAACAAUGGGUUAGAUAAAAUCCUCAAAACUCCAAAGAUACUAUAUGGCGAACAUCAGAUAAAAAGGGUAAGGGAAAAACUGUUCUUGGACUCAUAAUUGAUAACCAAUUAAAAUGGAACAAGCACAAUGAUGAACAGUGUAAGAAAAUUUCAAAAACCAUAGCCCUUUUACGAAAAGCUAAAGACUUUGUUUUAGAAGAAGAAUUAGUUACAACUCAUUAGUCUUACCACAUUUUAACUAUUGCUCUACUAUUUGGCAUGAAAAUAACAAAUCUCAUAUCGAUAAAUUAUGGAAAUUACAAAAGAGAGCUGCACAGAUCAUAACUAGUUCUGCAGACUACACUAUUAGAUCAUCCCAAGUCUUUGAAACCCUUCAAUGGCAUCCAAUAAAAAAUCUCAUGGACAAACGAGAUCUAACAAUGAUGUUCAAAAUUCUAAACAACAUGGCGCCUAAUUACUUAACAAUAAUGUUUCGUAAAUGUAACAAUUCUACAGCAAUUAUUCAUUACGGAGUAACAAUUUAAAAUUGAGCCUUCCUAAGCCAAAAACAGAUUUUUUAAAAAGAAGCUUCUCCUACGGUGGGGCUGUCGACGAGUGGUAGACGAAUCCCAAUCUAUUUCUUCUUUUCGUAGCUUACUUAAUAAUUAUUAUGAAAUUUUGUAAUAAUUUGUAAUGUAAUGUCUAAUGUUGUAAUUCUUUUUUUAAAACACACGGCCCUUCGAAAAUCACGCAAGUAAAAAGCUACCGUGUAUAAAUAAUUUUAAAUAAAAAAAAUAAUGAUAAUAAUAAUCUUGUGUGUGUAAAUUUCGCGAGGCUUUUUAUUCGCAAGAUUUUAAAUUUGCGAUUUUUUAUAUUACAAUCGCUUAAUUAAGAUUUGAUUGUUUUGAGAGUUGGACAUCAAAUUUUGAGAGGUGGGUAUCAUGAACAAAUUUUGAGCAGUGCGGACAUCAAAUUUCGGAUGUAAAUAGCAAAAUCACGAAAACGGGACAUAGAAAGCAAUGCAUCACAGUUACUAAGAGACCAAAAAAACGGGAUAUGCUUAUGGGACAAUAACUAAAGUACAACCUCUACUCACUAUACAUCAAAUUCAAUCAAAUAUGACAAGAGAAUUAAAAUAAUCAGAAUGAUUUUUUCCAAAAGAGCAAAAUUCUCUCAUUAUGAAUUGUCAAAUAAUAUAAUCAGAAUCGAAUUCCAGCCAAAAGUAACCAUAGAGUGAAACGACUAUUCAUGAGUAAAGCGUCAGAGUUGUGGUUUGAAAUUAAUCAUUUAGCACUCUCUGAAAAAUGCUAUUGUGUUUGUUUUUGUUUUUGUGAAAUUGAAAUGCGGCGGAAAAUGAUAUUGCAUGAUUAUACUUGGCUGCUGUUCUUCUUUUUAAUUUUGCUUUAAUUUUUACAGCUAUACCUCUCAGGUUGCAAGGACCAUUAAGUGCAAAUGGCACUGGUCGCUUGGAAGUAUAUUACAAUGGGAAAUGGGGAACAAUCUGUGAUGAUUCUUGGGAUUAUAAUGAUGCCAAAGUUGCAUGUCGGCAACUUGGUUAUACAUAUGCUGUUAGACCUCUUCAAGGCGGUGAUGUUCCUGAUGGUACUGGACAGAUAUGGUUAGACGAUGUCAGAUGUACUGGGAGUGAGCAAAAUCUGACCAGUUGUUCUCAUAGGGGAUGGGGAAAACAAGAUUGCCGGCACAAUGAAGACGCUGGAGUAGAAUGUUCUUCAACAGGUACAUGUAUUAGGAAAUUCCCUUAACGGCUUUAACACCUUCCUAAUAGUGCUAGUUUCCUGGUUAUUAAAUUUAUAUAAAGUAGAUUUUACUUUGAUAAAUUACAUUACAUAAAUUCCGUAUUUUCUUCGCAAAUAUUCUGUUUUGUGAAAUUGAAAUGCCGUCAACAAUAAUAUUGCAUAGCUUUACUUGGCUGCUGUUCUUCUUUUUAAUUUUGUUUUAAAUUUUUACAGCUAUACCUCUCAGGUUGCAAGGACCAUUAAGUGCAAUAGGCACUGGUCGCUUGGAAGUAUAUUACAAUGGGAAAUGGGGAACAAUCUGUGAUGAUUCUUGGGAUUAUAAUGAUGCCAAAGUUGCAUGUCGGCAACUUGGUUAUACAUAUGCUGUUAGAGCUCUUCAAGGCAGUGAGGUUCCUGAUGGUACUGGACAGCCGAUAUGGCUGGAUGAUGUCAAAUGUACUGGGAGUGAACAAAAUCUGACCAGUUGUUCUCAUAGGGGAUGGGGAAACGAAAAUUGCACGCAUGGUCAAGACGCAGGAGUAGAAUGUUCUUCAAGAGGUAAUAACAUCAUUUUGUUUUUAGCAUCUCGUAUGAAACUGUGCAAAACUCACAUCAAUCACAUAACUCCUCGUAAAACAUAAUUAACCGUUAUAAAAAAAUGGCGCCGCGAAUUACAUCCCAGUCAAAUCGAGAAGUGUCGGGCAUUUUAUUAAUAUUGCUAUAUAAUUGCAACACAUGUCAGGCAUGGAAUGGUUGUAAUACAUGGAGUCGCCAUCACCGCAAUGAUUACAUUCGUUUUCGUUUCAUAUAAAGAUUUAUAUAAUAAUAACCUUAAGAAUUCGUGCGAUUUCUGAGCCAUGAUCUAUUAGAGGACAGACGCACGGAAUACGUGAUUAUAGUUUUUAAAAUGUCGAAAAUAUUUGAAAAUUCCACUUAUAAUUAAUUUAUACAAAUUGAAUGAAUUCAUGCAAUUAAAUCUAUAAACAUCAAUAAAUACCUUCGAUAAAUGUGCUUUUAUCACUCAUAAAAGCUAGCAACUCGGCAAAUCUCAGUUCAUUCAGAUGCGACUUCAAAUUCAAUCCGGUCUUCGAAAACAAAUACUAUUUGAUUCAUUUGACCCUGUCGAUGUCACGUUUUCCAGCUGGUUUCUUCACUUCGUGCAACAUAGGCAAUGUUUAAGUGCUUUUCAAUCACCAUAGUCGCUCAGAACUAAAUAAUUGUCUUUUAUCACACGUUUUUAUUUAUUUAAAUCAAUGUUUUUUCACUGUUUUGAUAAAUUUUUAUUUUCUCCUUAUUUAUUAUAAUUAUUACCGUCUAGCGCAUUCUAUAAGCUUAGCCAAUCAGAAUUCAGCACGUGACUUAAGCGAGCCAAUAGCAUUUCGUUAUUUAUAUAGAUCAUGAACGCGUGAUAUUUACGUGUUUCUAUGCACACCCAGAGUUACAUAUCAACAUGUCAGUUUUUGACUGCUAAAGAGACUGAUGGUAUUUUUCAGCACCCUUGAAGCCGACAACAACGACGAAUAGGACAAACUCCAAACCUUCAAUUAUUACUUCAACGAAAGGUAAUUCAAAUGGCCAUUUUGAAGUUACAAUCUUAGAUUAAGGCUCCUUCAUCAACCAUGGAUAAAAUAGAGACUUUUUAACUACCCAUGAUAUGCAACUGUAAAAUUAUUGUUUGGAGUCUUCAAUAUGGAAAGAAACGCGAUGAUUUGAUUUUAGCAGUUGAUUCAGAAUAAAAUUUCCAUUCAUGUUUAUAGUUGUCCAAGUGAGGAAAAAGUACUAAUAAAGACACGAAGCCAACAAAACGUACAGGUUUUCACGAAUUGGGGGGCUCUUGUUGAACGAUCAAUUUUGAUAUUUUGAUAGCACUUGAACUGAAACUCAUAAACACGGUCAUUUUUUCCACUUGCACUAAUUUUUCCACUGCUAUUUUUAUCUAUACAAAAUUAAAUCAAUGGAAAAUGAAGUUUCAAAAUCCUGAUAAAAGAAUAGAAAAGUCUGACUCCACUGAUAUUUAAUAUUUAACAAUUAUUGAAUUCGGUUUUCGCACAAUAUGAAGAAUUAUCAACCGAAGCCGAAGGUUGAGGUUGCUAACGGCAAACUGAGGGCUUGAUAAUUCUUCAUAUUGUGCGAAAACCGAAUUCAAUAAUUGUUUCAUUAUUUAUUUAAAAAAUUCAAAACAAACAUUUGUAUUUUAUUUGUAUUAAGAAAAAAACAAUUCCUUAGUCCUUCGGCAGUCGUCGUCGCGUCAUAUCAAUGGCGUCAGCGAGUCAAUAUGAUUCUCGUCGUCAUAGUAAUAUGGCGCAAACGCGUCCAAAUUUUUUUCAUAUUGACUCUUUGAAGUCAUUUUGCUAAUAUGAAUGUGAAAAAUCCGUAUUUGGUUAGCCAUUGAGUUGAUAUGACAAUUUCACAGUUGGCUGUUAGCCAAUCAGAAACCAGGAAUUUUUUAAAUAAAUACUAAUUAUUAUUAAUUUUAUAUUUCAACCAAUAUGAGCUUACGUUCUCACGUCUUGCGACCAGGCCUUGCAAAGGGGAAAUGACGGCAACAAGCGAAGGAGAUAAUUUGGAGAAGUAAAAGCAUAGUAUUUUUGUUUACGUAUACCAUUUAUCUCACCAAAUCCUCUAUCACUUGUUAUCAUCCUUUGUUGCUUCGCACUUUACUACCCAAAAUGGCAGACAAGGCCUGGUCGCAUCGCUCGCACGGCGUGGGAAUAAUUAAUUGAGACACAAUAAUCCGUAGGUGGAAAGCUGGAGUAAGAUUUAUUUUCAAGUAAUUCUCUUUCUAUAUAGAUCAAUCAUCAGACUCAAAUUCCAGUACUAUGUCCUGCACGGCUCUUUACAUCUUUCUACCCAUGAUCGUCUUGGCAUUAAUAAUCGUCAUAAUCCUGCUUGUACGCAAGAACAGAGCAUCUAACGAGAAAGAAUCUCCGAGAGAAGAAAGUAAUAGAGAGAUGGAAAACCAAGAGAAUAAUAUCCAAGCAUUUACAGAGAGUGACGGAUAUACAGAACUGCAUCACAAUCGCGAGCCCGACAAUACCUAUUUAUCUCUGAACCUUUAUGAAAAUCCCGAUGAUAAUUCUGAUCGUUCGUAUGUGAAUUAUGGUCGUUCGUAUGUGAUUGGUAAUAACAUUAACUAUGUCAAUCAAGGAGCACAACAACGUUCUUCGUAAUACCUUUAUAGCAGUGACGAACAUUUCGCAAAAUAUUGAGGGAGGCACUUUGGUGCUAUCAUAUUGCCGUACAGUCAAAAUACGUCAAUUAGUAUGAUUAUAGUCUGUCGUCAUUUCCCUACCUCCUCCGCAGUCCGUAAUGAAUUAGCCUUUCUCACGCCGCCAUCUUUGGGGUACUAUAAUUUUUCGUAAACGAUUAUAACAAUGUGAAAAGCCGAACAUUUCAGAACAAACUAACCAUUUACAGAGUAAAUUUACCAUCAUACACCCACAAAAUUAUAAAAUGUCGAAGUUACGUGGUGUUACGCUCGCAGGAUUGGCAAAAAAGUACCCCAAAAAUGGCGGCGUGAGAAAGGCUAAUUCCCUAAUUUCGUAAGACAGAGUACGCCCGUUCGCCGUUGGAAAUUGAAGUUUGAGGCUUCCUUCCCAAUUUUUAGAAAGGACUGCUGAGGAGGUAGGUGAUUUACAGUAUUUUGUUCUCUACUACUGUAGCGUAAAUUAUUUCGACACAUGUCCAAUCAAAAGAGUAAAAUGCGCAAAAAGUGCUAGGAGUUGAAAUCGAUGAGAACCUAAACUGGGAAAAACAUAUUGAAUAUAUUACUAGUAAAGUAUCUUCGGGGAUUGGUACGUUAAAAAACUUAAAGAAUUUGUAGACCGAGAUACAUCAGUGCUGGUGUACAAUGUAAUGAUCCAGCCGCAUUUUGAUUACUGUUGUGAAGUUUGGGAUGAGCUUGGCAAAGGCCUCGGCGAACGUCUUCAAAAAUUGCAAAAUCGAGCGGCUAGAUUAAUUAUGAAUUUUAAAAAUGAGCAUGGACAGUCUAUCUUAGCUCGUACUGCUCUCGGUUGGACAUCUCUUGAAGAACGUAGAGCAUUAAUGAAGGCCAAACUCAUGUACAAAACAGUAAAUCAAUUAGCUCCACAAAGACUGUGUAACAUAUUUCAAUUUUCCAACACUGUUAGUAGUUAUAAUCUAAGAGGUUCUUCAACUGGGCUUUUUAUUCCAAGGCACAGGACAAAAUUUUUUUUAAAAAGUUUCAGUUACAGUGGGGCUAAAUUUUGGAAUAGAAUACCAGUAAAUAUUCGAAAUUCGAUAUCUUACAACUCGUUUUGUAAAAACCUUUUCUCCUCGCCCUCGGCAUCCCAAUUAUUAAGUUAAGUAGUUUAGUUUAGUUAAGUGAAUAUUUAAUACAUUUAUAUAAUAAUAGUUUGUAUGUAUUAGUAAAUUAGUCUUCAAAUUGUAACAGUUAGCCAGCAUACCUCUCAUGGAAAUCAGCAUAAUGUUGAAUGAGAUUAGUGUGCCUAAAUAAAGUUGAUCUCAG